ACAGUAAUGAGUAAACUAGUGAAUACUGAAGGACUCCCAAAAUUCCGUCGUGUAGUGUGUACCGUUAGCUCUAAUCUUAUAGUUUUUAAUAAUUUUAUAUCUUUUAGGUAUAUAUAGGUAUUCAUAUAUUGUUAUUUUUUAUAUUAUUAUUUCAAUUUUCAAUAAUAUCAAUAUUACUGUACACCGGGACGCCGUUGAACUCGACGAACACUUUGCGCACACACACGUCACGCGGGCACCACUUUUUAGUUUCGUCGACGUGAUUCGCGAUUACGUAAUACGUGGUCACUGUUGUGCUACUUGUCUGUUGUUACUUGUCAGUCACUCGGUUCAUAGUUGUCACUUGUGACUCAGUUGUCGCUCGCCGAAUCCUUGUGUCUCGUACCGCCGUCCGCCGAAUCCGCCAUCGACGGCACGCUGAGAAUAAUCGCUGCGCCAGAGUCCUACGACAGUACGACCUACGCCGCUGCGGCAACAUACCACGUGGCACGUACGCGACUAGGUGUUAGGUAUGUCAGUAAAAGAAAUGGAUGCCUUACAGACUUCAUCUUGUGAAAAUAAUCUAAAGAAAGCUCUGAAAUCAAAAGACUGUAAACCAACAAAUUUUAGAAAUAACUCUCACUCUGCCAGAAUACUAGAAGAUUUACAUUCUCUACGCAAAAAUGAAGUUUUAUGUGAUAUUAGAUUUGAAGCAGAUGAUGGUAAAAUUGUAAUUGGACAUAAAAUUGUUUUAAUAGCAGCUAGUCCAUAUUUCCGUGCAAUGUUUAGUAAUUCUGAUGAGAGCAAUAAAGAUCUUGUUACUAUAAGAGAAUUAGAUUCCACCACUUUACAACUAUUAGUAGAUUAUAUUUAUACUGGGGAAAUUACGAUCACAAAUGAAAAUGUACAGAUGUUGUUGCCAGCUGCCAAUAUAUUACAGUUAGAUUAUAUAAAUGGUGUAUGUGCUGAGUUUUUACAAAAACAUCUGGAUCCAUCAAAUUGUCUUGGUAUCAAAGCGUUUGCUGACUUACAUAAUUGUAUUGAUUUAUUGUCAAUUUCUGAAGCAUAUAUUAAACAAAAUUUUUUAGAAGUAGCUAAAAUCGAAGAUUUUGUAUCCUUAUCUUCUGAUGAUUUGGUGAAGCUUAUUUCCUCUAAUGACCUUGCUGUUCCAUUUGAAGAAAAAGUAUUUGAAUGUGUUAUCAAAUGGGUAAAUCAUGAUUUGGAUCGUAGAAAUAAUUUUUUGCCAAAAUUAAUGGAACAUGUACGUUUGCCAUUAUUGAAGCCUGGUAUAUUAUUUAAUAUAUCUAAAGAACCUCUGCUAAAUAAUAUUCCUAACUUUAAAGAUUAUAUAAUCGAAGCGUUACAUUUUAAUCAUCAAAAAUCAGUUCAGCAUUUCGCCAUUCCAAAAACGAUUAGAUUUAAACCUAGAAAUUUUGAUGUUUCACAAAAGGUUAUUUUAAUGUUCAAUCGGUCUGAUACAUCACCAAAGUGUUAUACAGAAUGGUAUGACCCUGUAACCAAACUACGAGAGAAUGCACCAGGGAUAAAUGAUUGUCGCCGGACAGCUGGUCUUGGUGUUAUAAGAGACCAAUUUGUGUUUGCUGUAGGAGGUGUAAAUGCAUCAAGUUCAAAAUCUGUUAGUUUACUUGAUGUAUCUUCACGGUCACCCUCUUGGGUUCCAAUGGUUGACAUGUUAGUUAGUCGACAUGGAUUAGGAGUUGGGGUAUUGGAUGAUUGUAUAUAUGCUGUUGGCGGACGUGAUGGUACCUAUUUAUUAAAUAAUGUAGAAAAAUUUGAUGGGAGUAUUAAAAAAUGGCAAAUGGUUUCGAGUAUGUCAAUUCAGAGGAGUAGUGUUGGUGUUGGUGUCCUCAAUAAUCAUUUAUAUGCGGUCGGAGGUUAUAGUGGUAAAUUUUUGAAAUCAGUGGAAUAUUAUGAUCCCACACUUGACACAUGGAAUCCAGUUGCAGAAAUGUCUGAGUAUCGUCAAGGUGCUGGUGUAGGAGUCUUGGACGGUAUUUUGUAUGCUAUUGGUGGGUAUAAUGGACAGUAUCUUAAAAGUGCUGAAAUCUAUAGACCUGGUGAUGGAAAUUGGUCUCCUAUAGCUCACAUGCAUUUGUCCAGAUUCAGACCUGGAGUAGUCACAUUAGAUGGUCUAUUGUAUGUUAUUGGUGGAGAAAUUGAUGCAUCUGAUGUUGAUACUGUAGAAAUCUAUGAUCCAAUCACCAAGACUUGGACCAUGGAAACAUUGUCAAGACAUGGAGUCCGAAUUUAUGGUGCAGUGGUUGUUAGUAGACCACAUCAUUAUAAUUAAUCAGCUUUCAGGAGUACUCAUUGUUAAUUACUAUAACUUGUAGUAAUAAGAACAUAUUUUUGUAUAAAUUAUGAUGACAUGUGUAUUGAAGAAUUUUUAUUUUUUAUAAUUUA